AUGGAGCGGGUGAACACGAGCCUGUGCGUGGAGAACCUGCUCAUCAUGCAGGAGAACGAGCGGCUGCGGAGGCAGGCGCAGCAGCUGGACCAGGAGAACAAGGCCCUCCUCGCCGAGCUCAAGCAGCGCCAGGGCCAGGGCGCCGGCGGCCCUUCCGGCUCCGGCUCCGUCUCCGGUUCUGGUUCCGCCGCCGCCGCCAACCUCAAGGCGAAGGCGGCCGGCAAGCAGCCCAAGUGA